AUGUUUCCAAAAAAGCAGUGUCUCCUGUCUGAAAGAAAAACAACUACAUUAGAAGAUGUUGAAGCGCUGUGCCGAAGUCCUGCCGUGUUUUUGGACCCUGAGGAUGAUCACGGGUCUGUUGGAUCACCUUUUCCUUUGGAGAAAGGGAAAAGUUCUCUGGUAGUUAAAUAUUCAGCCUCGAUAUCACCUCCAUCACCUCCUCCUAUGAAAGAUCAGGAUAUGGAAAUCGAAAAUGAAUGUGAAUUUUUAAUUGAUGACUCAGGUGGUGCCUCAUUUACUUCUUGGAUUUCAAUACCCAGUAAGAAAAGAAAAUCAAAAAAAGAUGGCUCUGCAACUCCUGUUUCUAAAUCUCAGCCCUCUGAACAGAAGAAGACACAGAGUAAGAAAGGCAAGAACAGGAAAGCACAGGUUGAAGCACUUACUAAACAGAAACUGAAUAAUCUGGAUGCUGGAGCCUUUGACAUCAAAAGAACGUCGAAACCGGAUCCAAUCUCUAACAGUGAAGGAAAUGUCCUUAAAUCUCAAAGCCAAAAGAGUACUCAUACAGGAAAGACUAAAAAGGACGCACUUAGGCAAGACUCUCCAAACCAGAAAAAGAACACAUCCUGGAAACCAGAAGCUGAAGAACUGAUAUUGUCAUGGUCUGGAUUGGAAAGAGAAACAUGUCAUGCAGAAAAAUGUAAAACAAGGGUGCUGCCAAGUGAAGAUUUGCCUAUGCCCUCAUCUGGGCAUCAACAAGAGCAGACUGUGUCUCCAAAAAAGUCUCUCAAGUCUUCCAAGAAUCUGCAGUCAGCUUCAAAAGCUUCUCAGCAUUUAGAUUUAGCUAAGAAAAUGGCAUUAAGUUCAAGGAAGGGGCUUAAAAAAUCUGUCCAGAAAAGCAGUAGUAAAAAACCUCAGUUCAGACCUAUGAUUUCUAACUAG